UGGGUCUUCAACGCGGCCGUUGCGCUGGCCGUGCUGGUGGCCGCGGGCCUCGUGGUCUCCGGCGUCUACAUCUUCUUCCUCAUCCCUCACGCUGCCUCCGCCGGCCCCGUGCGGCCGCAGCUGGUGGCUCUGGCCCCUGAGCCCGGCUUCUCCUGGUUUCCGCCGCGACCCACGCUGGGGCCACCCUGGACGCCGCGCCCCACCAGACCUGACCUGGACAACACCCUGCCAGGGACUGCAGUGGGUGCGCUGGAGCGCGAGAGCGUCCGUAAGGACCCAGCCCAGCCAGACGGCACGCUGGACGACCCAUCAGACCGCACGUGGCAAGCAGGGGAGGGCCCCGGCUGGACCCCACGACUACGGGGCAUGAGGAGGGUGUGGGGACCUCGAUGAGUGCCUCCGCGCUGCGCCUGGGAUCCUCUGGGCAUCCCCUGGGCCUUAGCGUGUGCAUUCCCAGCACCUAUGUCUUCCGACUGGGCAGGGCACUUAGGUAGUACCACCACGGACAGCAGCAACCACCGCAGCGGGCCCACAUGGAUCCUCUGGGAACACACCUGACCCUCAUGGGAGGCCUCCUGGAGAUGUCUCUGGCUGAUUCCCAUGGCUGUCCAGCUGAGGGUGCCCUGGCUGGCCUGACGUUUGUAAGGGUUUUCCUGGAGGUCAUUGGUGAACCUCAUCCCUGUAAGAUCCAGUUGGGAGUCUAGUGGAGUCCAGCUGGGCGCUACCCCACUGACAUCCAUACAGGGGCUCUGAACUUGAAAGAGGGGCGCAGAAGAAUCCCCAGCUGGCACCAGGGUUGAAGGUUCUGAUCCACUCUUCCUUGGGGUGCACUGUAGGUCAAGGGGUCUUGGAGAGAAAAGUUGCUGUUGAUAUCUUGUGGUCAUGCCCCUCCACUGAUCCUUGCAGGGACAACUAUCCCACACGGAGUGUGAGCUUUUCUUUUCACUCUACUGCCUGCAGGAUGCACAUAGGAAGACAAGCAUGCCCCUGGCUGGAACUCAGGCUCAGAGGGGCAGAGGUGACCUGACCAGGGAUGAUUAGGGCCCUGUCUCUGUCUUUGUCUCUCUCUUUAGUACCAGAGAUUGAACCCAGAGGCCCUUAACUGCUGAGCCACAUCCCCAGUCCUUUUUACUUUUUU